AUGCAGGGAGCCCACCUGCUGCUGCUGCUGCUGCUGGGCCUCAGGAUACAGCUCUCCCUCGGAUUCAUCCCAGCUGAGGAGGAAGACCCAGCCUUCUGGAACCACCAGGCAGCCCAGGCUCUGGACACCGCCAAGAAGCUGCAGCCUAUCCAAACAGCCGCCAAGAACCUCAUUCUCUUCCUGGGGGACGGGAUGGGGGUGCCCACAGUGUCAGCAGCUCGGAUUCUAAAGGCGCAGAAGAAUGGCAAGCUGGGACCUGAGACCCCCCUGGCCAUGGACAAAUUCCCAUUCGUGGCUCUGGCCAAGACAUACAACGUGGACAGACAAGUGCCAGACAGUGCAGGCACGGCCACAGCCUACCUGUGUGGUGUCAAGACCAACUACCGGACCAUUGGUGUGAGUGCAGCAGCCCGGUACAACCAAUGCAACACCACACAUGGCAACGAGGUCAUCUCCGUGAUGAACCGGGCCAAGAAAGCAGGGAAGUCAGUGGGGGUGGUGACCUCAACGAGGGUGCAGCAUGCCUCGCCAAGCGGCACCUACGCGCACACGGUGAACCGCAACUGGUACUCGGAUGCAGACAUGCCUGCCCAGGCGCUGAAGGACGGCUGUCGGGACAUCGCCACGCAGCUCAUCACCAACAUGGACAUUGAUGUGAUCCUGGGUGGAGGCCGCAAGUACAUGUUUCCCAAGGGGACCCCAGACCCUGAGUACCCUGGUGAUGCCUCAAAGAGCGGAGUCAGGUUGGACAUGCGGGACCUGGUCCAGGAGUGGCAGGCCAAGCACAAGGGUGCCCGGUAUGUGUGGAACCGAACAGCGCUCAUUCAGGCGUCCCAGGACCCCUCCCUAUCACACCUCAUGGGUAAUGACCCCUCAGUGGUCAGGGCAGGUUCCCCACCACCCACCCGUGGUCUUUCUGCAGGCGGCCGCAUUGAUCAAGGUCAUCAUGCGGGAAGAGCUUACUACGCACUGACAGAUGCUGUUGCUUUUGAUGACGCCAUUGACAGGGCCAGCCAGCUCACAAGCGAGAAGGACACCCUGACCCUUGUCACUGCUGACCACUCUCACGUCUUCACUUUUGGUGGCUACACUCUGCGUGGCAGCUCCAUUUUCGGGCUGGCUCCUGAGGCAGCCUCCGAUGGCAAGACCUACACCUCCAUCCUUUAUGGCAAUGGCCCCGGCUUUGCAAUCAAUGGGGGCUCCCGUCCCAACGUCAGUGACAGCCAGAGUGGUGACCCCAACUACAUGCAGCAGGCGGCAGUGCCCCUGUCAUCUGAGACUCACGGUGGUGAUGAUGUGGCGGUGUUCGCGCGUGGUCCCCAGGCGCACCUGAUGCACGGUGUGCAGGAGCAGAGCGUGGUGGCACAUGUCAUGGCCUUCGCCGCCUGCCUGGAGCCCUACACCGCCUGCGGCCUGGAGCCCCCCACCAGUACCAGCAUCCCCACCGACGCCGCGCACCCAGGACUGUCCACAGGCCCCUCGCUGGCUUUGGUGAUUGGGGCACUGUGGCUGAUACUGCUGGGCAGAGUGGUGCCCUGA